ACGACGUGUAGCCUAUAGUUAACAACGUUUAUCAAUUUCGUAUUUAUUAUUUGGCGGUUGUGGCGAUAGACUGCAAGUACUGCCUACCAUUGCUUGUAGAGAAUAGGGAAGAGGACUGAUUCAAAUGCAUAGACUACCAUCAUCACCAUCACUGCCGCUGCUCCGUGGAAACAUAGAAAUAUGAAAGGACCAAGGAAAAUAAUUACGUAUUUGAGCUUUGUUUUGUUUUGACUGUAGGCCUACAUUUUCGGCUUCGCACAGCUAUUUGGGUCGUUUUCAACAAGGAUUAUCGUGCGCUUUGGAAAAAACGCGCGAGGUGUAGAACUACAAAUGCAGAAGAAGUGGUAACGACAACAAGCGCGGAUGCUUCUCUCUUUCCAUCGUGUCAGUGCACCAUAGGUUACUCUGUGAAACGGUGGGCUUUCAGUGAUGACCAACUUUUAAACAGAACUGUCAAAUGCAAUCUUUAACGUCAGUGAAUGGUCAUGGGUGAUUGUGGAAUUUCUGAAUGAGACAGUGAUUUCUGUGAAGUCCCUCAAUCGACUGAGCCACCCGAAGAUGUCUGUCUCUCAUUCACCACGUCAGUCCACUGGGAUAAGCCCUAAUGGGACGACCAAAUAGGAACAGACUUCUUGUUGUUGAACGUUUUGAAACACUGGCUGCGGAAUCUUGGGCGAUUUUAUACGCUGCUGCCUUCUCCGUGAAGCGCCCGUGCCUGCUACGGUGAAUGCUGCAGAGCGCUCCCUGACCAUCUUCCCUGGUCCGGAGCCCGAACAAGCAAAAGACCCGGAAGACCACCCACCAUCUGCGAUGGAUGACUCGGGGAUUAUUCGCCGACGGCGGCUUCAGAAGGAUCUACCACUGCCACGCAAGAACAGUAGCAGCUGCCGUAACAGGAAGAGUUUAAUCCUGACCACCACCUCCCCCACACUGCCUCGGCCCCACUCUCCGCUGCCUGGCCACCUUGGAAGUAGCCCGCUGGACAGCCCCCGCAACUUCUCGCCCGGAACGCCUGCCCACUUCUCCUUCGCCUCGUCCAGGCGGGAUGGGCGCCGGUGGUCUCUGGCCUCUCUGCCCUCCUCUGGAUAUGGGACCAACACGCCCAGUUCCACGUCUUCCAGCUCCUCUCAGGAGCGUCUGCAUCAGCUGCCGUUCCAGCCCACCAUGGACGAGCUCCACUUCCUGUCCAAACACUUCGGCAGCACCGAGAGCAUCACGGACGACGAUGGGGGACGCUGCUCACCACACGUCCGCCCGCGCUCACGCAGCCUCAGUCCGGGCCGUUCGCCGUCCUGCUACGACAACGAGAUCGUGAUGAUGAACCAUGUGUACAAGGAGCGCUUCCCUAAAGCCACGGCCCAGAUGGAGGAUCGCCUGGCGGUCUUCAUCCACUCCUACUCCCCCGAGAGCGUGCUGCCGCUGGCGGACGGCGUGCUGAGCUUCAUCCACCACCAGAUCGUGGAGCUGGCGCGCGACUGCCUGGCCAAGUCCCGCGAGGGCCUCAUCACCACCGUCUACUUCUUCGAGCUGCAGGAGAACCUCGAGAAGCUGCUCAACGAUGCUUUCGAGCGUUCAGAGAGCUCUGAGGUGGCCUUCGUCACAGAGCUGGUGAAGAAACUGCUCAUCGUCAUCUCACGCCCCGCAAGACUCCUGGAGUGCCUGGAGUUUAACCCGGAGGAGUUCUACCAUCUCCUGGAGGCAGCGGAGGACCACGCCAAGGAGGGACACCUGAUGAAGACAGACAUCCCCCGAUACAUCAUCAGCCAGCUGGGACUCACCAGGGACCCCCUGGAAGAACUGGCCAACUUGGACAGCUACGACAGCGAGGGGCCACUCACACCCGAGACGGAUGACUCAGCAGAGGGCAAGAUGAGGGCCAUGAAGCCCCCCGGGGAGGCCGACUUCCAGACCAUCAAGCUGAUCAGCAACGGGGCCUACGGGGCCGUGUACCUGGUGCGUCACCUGGAGACGCGUCAGCGCUUCGCCAUGAAGAAGAUCAACAAACAGAACCUGAUCCUGAGGAACCAGAUCCAGCAGGCCUUCGUGGAGCGCGACAUCCUCACCUUUGCAGAGAACCCCUUCGUGGUCAGCAUGUUCUGCUCCUUCGAGACCCGCCGGCACCUGUGCAUGGUCAUGGAGUAUGUGGAAGGUGGGGACUGCGCCACGCUGCUGAAGAAUAUCGGGGCACUGCCCGUGGAGAUGGCACGCAUGUACUUUGCAGAGACCGUGCUGGCACUGGAGUACAUCCACAACUAUGGCAUCGUCCACAGAGACCUGAAGCCUGACAAUCUGCUCAUCACGUCCAUGGGUCACAUUAAGCUGACGGACUUUGGCCUGUCGAAGAUCGGCCUGAUGAGUCUGACCACCAACCUGUACGAAGGACACAUCGAGAAGGACACCCGAGAGUUCCUGGACAAGCAGGUGUGUGGUACUCCUGAGUACAUCGCCCCGGAGGUGAUCCUGCGGCAGGGCUACGGCAAGCCGGUGGACUGGUGGGCCAUGGGCAUCAUCCUGUACGAGUUCCUGGUGGGCUGCGUGCCCUUCUUUGGAGACACACCCGAGGAGCUCUUUGGACAGGUCAUCACAGAUGACAUCGUGUGGCCGGAGGGGGAUGAGGCUCUUCCUGCUGAUAGCCAGAACCUCAUCUCUGCCCUGCUGCAGACCAAUCCCAUCGUCCGCCUGGGGACAGGGGGAGCGUUUGAAGUGAAGCAGCACCCGUUCUUCACAGAGCUGGACUGGAACAGUGUGCUGAGACAGAAGGCGGAGUUUGUACCCCAUCUGGAGUCUGAGGAGGAUACCAGCUACUUCGAUACGCGCUCCGAUCGCUACCACCACGUGCACUCCUAUGACGAGGACGACACCAACGAUGACGAGCCCGUGGAGAUACGCCGCUUCUCCUCCUGCUCCCCGCGCUUCAGCAAGGUGUACAGCAGCAUGGAGCACCUGUGCCAGCUGGAGCACAAGCCCUCGCCUGUCACCCGCAGGGAGCACAAGGGCCACCGCGAGGACCGCGUCACCAAGAGGGAGAGCCUGGGCAGCCUCACGCUCAGGGACAAGACCUGGAGGACCGGCUCCCCCGAGAUGAAACGUCUCUCCUGUUCUGAGUCCUCCUUCACUGAGAGCGACUCCAGUCCUCCGUCUGGCGUGCGGCGACGCUUCUCGGCCCUGAUGGAGACGCACCGCUUCGCCUCGCCACUAGAGGCCGACGGCGAGGGCCACUCCACCACCACCACACACACGCCCGCCGUCAAGAUCAGGGGCACGUCUCUGGAGGGGGCCACCCUGCCUGCCCUAUCCAGCCUGGCGGAGCUCACGCACAUCCCCAGGGAGAGCGGCGGAGCCCUCGCUGGAGAAAAGCAUCUCAGGCCAGCAGACUCGGCAGCAGUGGGAGCCACGGGCGUCGGUGCAGCCAUGGGCCCCCACCCUCCAGGGGGCACCGCCUCCUCCAGGGAGCUGCCAGCUUCAGGGGACCCUCUGGGGCCUCGGGGGGCCACCAAUGACCUGGUCCUGCGGCGCGUAAGGCAGCAGCAGCUCUCAGCCGACGAAGACAAGAGAAGCCCCCGCACUGGCACCAAGGUCAUCAAGUCAGCCUCCGCCACGGCCCUCUCUGUCAUCAUCCCCACAGUGGAGCAGCACGGCACGUCUCCGCUGGCCAGUCCCAUGUCCCCUCGCUCCACCUCCUCCAACCCCUCGUCUCGGGACUCCUCUCCCAGCCGAGACUACUCCCCCGCGGUCAGCAUCCUGCGCUCCCCCAUCACCAUCCAGCGGGCCGGGAAGAAGUACGGCUUCACGCUGCGCGCCAUCCGCGUCUACAUGGGGGACAGUGACGUCUACAGCGUGCACCAUAUGGUCUGGCAUGUUGAGGUGGGGGGUCCUGCCCAGGAGGCUGGCCUGUGUGCCGGUGACCUCAUCACUCAUGUCAACGGAGAGUCUGUGCAUGGGCUCGUGCACACUGAAGUGGUGGAACUCAUUCUCAAGAGUGGAAACAAAGUGACGGUGACCACCACUCCCUUCGAGAACACCUCCAUCAAGAUCGGACCCGCGCGCAAGACCAGCUACAAGGGGAAGAUGGCUCGACGAAACAAGAGGUCUGGAGCGAAGGAGGGCCAGGAGAGCAAGAAGCGCAGCUCCCUGUUCCGCAAGAUCACCAAGCAGUCCAACCUGCUGCACACCAGCCGCAGCCUGUCCUCUCUGAACCGCUCGCUGUCCUCCGGAGACAGUCUGCCCGGCUCGCCCACCCACGGCCUGUCCGCCCGCUCCCCCACGCAGCAGACCUACCGCUCCCCGCCCGAGUCCGCCUACCUGGGCACCUCAUCUCAGAGCAGCUCGCCGGCCUCCAGCACCCCCAACUCCCCCGCCGCCUCCCAGCACAUGCGGCCCAGCUCCCUGCACGGCCUCUCGCCCAAGCUGCACCGCCAGUACCGCUCGGCCCGCUGCAAGUCGGCCGGCAACAUCCCCCUGUCCCCGCUGGCCCACACGCCCUCGCCCACCACCUCCUCGCCGCCGCCCAUCGCGGGACACUCGGUGGGCAGCUCCAACACCACGCAGGCCUUCCCCGCCAAGCUCCACGCGUCCCCUCCCGUCACCCGCCCCAGGCCCAAGAGCGCCGAGCCGCCCCGCUCGCCUCUGCUGCAGCGGGUGCAGUCGGCGGAGAAGCUGGGGCAGCCUCCGCCGCAGUCCUUCCCCUCUUCGUCGUCCUCCUCCUCUUCCUCGCUCUCGUCCUUCACCUCGCCGUCCGUGUCGGGCCAGGACAGGAAGGUGGGGGUGCGCAAGCACGGCCUGGACGGGGGGGUGCUGCACGGCGAGUACCGGCGCGAGCCCUUCCACCACAGCGAGCCGCCGCUGCAGAGCCUCCAGGAGAUCGAGGGGGAGAACGCGGUGGGCGAGCGGGGCACCCCGGGCUCGCCGGAGGACAGUCCCACCCCCACGCCCACCCCGACCAUGCCCACCGGCUGCUGCAGCCCGGGGGACGACCUGACGCUCAGGCCCUCCAGGAGGCUGGGCAGGCAGGAGUCGCCCCUGAGCCGGGACAACUUCCUCACGGGGAGGGAGAGGGAGAAGGAGAGGGAGAGGGAGAGGGAGAGAGAGAGGGAGAAAGAAAAGGAGAAGGAGAAAGAGAAGGUCUCCAUCACAGAGAGCAGAAAACCUGAGCAUCAGCUUGCCGCCAAGUGCGCAGUCGGCAUGGACACCAGAUCCUCCACACAGACUGAGCCAGUCAAGGCCAAAGAGGCUGUUUUAGAGAAGCUCCAGCCAAGCAGCCAAGUCGCCACGACGGCCUCCUCCUCCACAGCGGCUGUAGCCGUAGCACCCAAGGUGACUGCCAUCUGCCAGUCCCCACUCGCUAGUAGUGCACCCGGCACUGUAGCAGCCACCACAACGCCCAGCAGCUGUGGUGCAGCCAAAUCUAUGGCGAAGGGCCCACUGGGCGCGGUUGCUCUCACUCCAAGCCCGUUGGCUCGAGAGCAGGGGCAGAGGACCAGUCAGGCAACAGCAGGAAGUGCAAGCUCCAGCUGCCCUGUGCCUCCUCUGGGCCCUCUGGACAAGGCCACCGCUAAACUGAGCCAAGGUCAAGACAAAGCCUCCGGGAAGGGGAGUCAGCCUCAAGACAAAGGUCUUGCUGCAUUCAAAGAUCCCACUUAUACCGCCGUCGCCCCAGAGGUGACUAAGCUGCAGGGGAAAGGAGCAGAGCCGGUGGGGAAGGAUGGACCUGGUUUGAAGGAAGCUGUCGGUGCCAGCACUCAGAAGCACCUAGACACUAAGGCCAAAGUUCCGGUUCUUCCAGUCCCAGCCCAAGUCAUAGUCCUGACUCCAGCCCAAGCCCAAGCCCCUGUUCCAGGCAAAACCCCUGCUCCAGCCUUCGCCCCGGCCUCAACCCCAGCCAAAGUAACUGCCCCCGUCCCGGCCCUAGCCCCAGCCAAAACCCCUACCCUGGCCCCAGCCUCAGUCAAAGCCCCAGUGAAGGCGAAGGAAGGCAAGACCUCAGGCAUGAUGUUCGGUCAACGGGGGACCCGAGAAGAGAAGCGCUUUCUGGAGGCGGUGCAGGAGGACCCGUCCUCCCCGUCGCCGACCGCCCUCUCCCCGUCAUCCAGCAAGUCCCGAGCCGCCUCCCCAGGAGACAAAGCCAGCUUCGUCACCCAGCUGACCAGCGUAGCCAAGACGGUGCUGGGCCCCAUGAAGCUGGGAUCACAGGACGGGAGCAAGGCCAAAGACGGGAGCCCCAAAUCGGCAGACGACAAGGGCGGGAAGUCUUCGGGGAAGUCCGAGAGUUCUUUCGGAGGACGCCGUGGGGCGACGGGAACGUGGCCCGGCCCCUCGGGCUCGUCCAAGUCAGACAAAUCCAAGAGCUCCUCCAAGAAUCACUGAUCACAUCGAGCCAAUUCCCAGACUGCCUUUUCGUGAGGAAACGUCACCAUAUCUCAAGUUAGGUCAGUUAGGUUUCCUUGACUUCAAAAGGAAGACCCAUAUCAUUUUGGGGGGCAAUUUGUACCAUGAGUUCAACAAGGGAAAAAAGUAGACCUAAGAAAGGUGCUUCGAUAACUGUUGUCAAAUGUGUGUGCACAUGGUGUCAUAAUGUACGUAUGUUCAACAUCACAGGUGUACAUAGGAUAAAUAUGUAUGUUUUCUUAAUGCAUGUUUCAGACUAAAAAUAAGAAUGAAAAACAAAAAACAGACCUAAUGCUAGUGAACAUUGUGAACUCCCAACCAUCUCUUCUUCCCCCUCCUUCUUACCCACUCCUUGUGGGAUCUGCAUAUCUCAAAGCCAGGUGUCUGGAGCUUGUACGUAGCUCAGAUCAGAUGUAAAAGUAGCAUUGCCUGAGCUGUGGCCAUGAUGGCAGGUGGAUUUUAGAAGUUUUGGAUGUCUCAGACGUCUUAGUUAGAUGUCAUUCUUUACUCUAGAAGCCAUCUGUCAUAGGACACAGUGGCACAUGAGUGUUAAUGUAAGGCACGAUGCAUAACACAACCUGAUGUGACAAAGUCUUAUUUAAUGGGUGCCAUUACUUAAGAUUUAAAGAUGGCUGUGAGAUACAAUGAUUACUUUUUUGUAACUGACUGUGACUGCCGCUGAAAAGCGAGUGACUCGAAAUUGCUGUAUGGCUAAGUGUAUGAUCGCUUGUGGAAAAAAAAGUUUUAAAAAAAGGAGCUGAUGCCUUGGAUAAUAUUUAGAAGCGUCGGACUUGCACAAUGGUCGCUGAAGUUGCACAUCGAUGAGGUUUUGAAAGUUGAAACUGCUGACUCUCAAGUUGGGUUUACGUGGUGCACACACAAGGAUGGGAUGUCGCGAAAACAAAACCCGGUAAUCACCAAGAUCGAAAAAAAACCAUUAAAGCAGGGGCUGCCAAUGGUCAUAGCCUCCCAGGCUGUCAAAUAAAUUGGAUAUCAUGUGGUGUAUAGAAAGUACAUUCUGUGCAUGCUUUCAAAUGUGAAGUCAGAAGUUUGUUGUGUGUAAAUCAUCUUGGUUCAGUGUGCUCAAAUGACCUGGAGAAGGAGCAUGGUGUCCAUCCUUUUCAGUGCACUGGCUGCAUAUGGAUCUUGACAAAUGGACUUUAUUGAUCUCUUCCUUGCUGUAUGCAAAAUACAUCUUUGUUCUGUGAUUGUUGUCUCAUAGCAACAGAUGGUGUGAUGUCGUGAACAACGCAUUGGAAGUCCUUGUAAAAGGGGACUCAAUUCAAAUCAUUCGUCCAACGUGUCACCUCUUAAUAUUUUUUCUGGAUUUUUUUGUUUCAUUUGUUUUGUUUGUUUUGAAUCUCAUCUAUUCUGCAACUUAUGUUCAACUUAUUAGUGACAAAGAAUACCAUCCACAUGACGUAACACAGGGCCAAAUCAGAGUUUUCUCACAUAGAUGUUUUGUGCCAUUGUAGCAGUCUCAUUCUUAAAAAGAGAAAAAAAAAAGUUACAGACAUUUGUGCGAGUACAUAA